UUCGUUGUUCUUUAUAUAAACGAUUGGUUUCUUUCCAAGUUUUUGACAUAGGAAUUGCUGGCGACAUAAUUUUGUACUUUUUCUUUUCAACUAUCAAAAAACAUAAUUAUUCACAAUAUUUUCUAAAAACGUUCACGAACUAUUUUAAAAUGAAUUUCAAAUGAAGUACAUUUACAACGUUACGUUUUAUGUGAUAGCGAGUUUGUAUUUUUUCACUGUGUGAAAUAUUUUUUAAAUUUUUACCAAAUUUUUGCAAAUAUUAAAUUAUGACCACAGAAGAAGGUUUUGAACAGUUUGAAGAUGAGGAGGCCGAAAUUCCAAUUGGUGGAACUUUACCUGGUGGUAGAAAACGAUUGUUUUCGAAAGAACUACGCUGUAUGAUGUAUGGUUUUGGUGAUGAUCAAAAUCCUUAUACAGAAAGUGUAGAUUUAUUAGAAGAUCUUGUUAUUGAAUUUAUUACUGAAAUGACACAUAGAGCUAUGGAAAUUGGACGUACUGGUCGUGUUCAAGUAGAAGAUAUUGUAUUUUUAGUUAGAAAGGAUCCAAGGAAAUAUGCAAGAGUUAAAGAUCUUCUAACAAUGAAUGAAGAAUUAAAGAAAGCUAGAAAAGCAUUCGAUGAAGUUAAAUAUGCAGGUACAGUUAGUCAGUAGAUUUCAUUUGUUGAUAUCAAAGCAUAUAACAAAAUAUUUUUAUUGUGCUUGAAUUUAGAGAGAAUUAUAUUGAGUUCUUUAUUAUUCUUUCUGUAUUGUUGUAGUCUUUUUAAAAGAAUAAUUAUUUUUAUAAUUCUUUAUUAAAGAAUAUUUAAAUAAAAUUUGAACAUAAGCAAAUUAUUUAAAAUUUUUUAUUGGAUAUAGUGUUAUUUAAUAUAAAUAUAAAUAUAGCAUUAUAGUAGUUUUGAUUUAUUUACAAGUAUGGAAUGCUUGUGUGCUGCAUUUUUAUGAUACUUCAUGCUUGCUUAUCUACAUAAUUAAAAAUAUUAUGAUAUAUUUAAGAUUAUUUAUUUCUUUUUGUUAUACAAAAAGAAAUAUAUUUUUGGAUUUUUAUAAAUUAUAUAUAUAUUUAUAUAUAUAUAUAUAUAUAUAUUUUAUAUAAAUAAUAAUACUAAAUUGUAAUAACUAUUUUAUAUUAUAAUACUAUUAUUCUUUGUUUUGUAGUAUUAGUAGUAUUACAUUUAUGUAUAUAAAAAUAGAAUAUAUAAACAAAUACUUAUAUCUUCUUUAUAUAUUUUAUGUUUUAUUUUAUGAACAAUAAUUUACAUUUUAUAAUAAAAAUACAUAUUUACAUAUGUUUUAUUUUAAUAAGUAUAAAAUUUUUUCAACUCUAAAUAAUUUUUUUAAAUGUUAAUUUGGAAUAAUUAUUUCAAAUUCCUAUAUCCUUUUUAUAUCAUUUUUUCAAUUUUAAUAUUUUAUUUCCUUUUAUUUAUUAUUUUCAUUUUAAUAUAAGAAUUGAAUUUUGUAUUUUUAUUAUACAGCAUGAAUAAUGCAUGUUUGAAAUUAAAUUGCAAUUUAUUUUUAAAAAAAAAAAAUUAUCUUGGCUUAUUUAUCAUUACUAUUUUGUUAUUUUCUUGCAUGUAUAUUAUUUUGUUUUUAUAUCAAAAGAAAACAUUAUAAUAUAUUUGAUUGAUCAAGAUUGUUGUCAAGUUUGAAUUUCAAUCUUAUAAAGUUAUAUCAUAUAUUGAUUAAUACUAGAAACAGCUUCUUUUGCUGACAGAAUAACAUGAGAGACUCCUACUCCGUGGUAUGAAGAACCACACAGCCCCAAAGGUAUUUUAUGCGCGGAGAUAUAAUCGUGGAUACGAGUUAACCGUUGUGCGUGACCAAUUACAUAUUGUGGAAUACAGUCUUUCAGAAUGGAAACAUUACAUAUCUUGGGAUCUUCGUUAAUGCAUAAAAGUUUAUUUACAUAUUUAAUUGCAAUCAUUUUUAAAUGUUCUUCAGAUGAACAUUUACCAAAGUAUUUUUCAAACCAUGCCCCACCCAUCAUUACUGUCAGUACCUGGAUUAAAAAAAGAUGUACAUAUUCAACAAGUAUUUCUAGUCCAUUAAAUAUUUGUAAAAAUUUUAAGAUCAUUUUGUAUUAUUGCUAGAAUUUUUUUAAAUUCAUUAUAACAAAUAUUAAAUUUAUGUAAUAAAUAUUGAAAUUAUAAUAGAAAAAAAAUAGAUAAUAAAUAUUUAUACAGCAGUAUUCAAUUAAAUUUAACUAAAUUUGGGUUAAUGGUUAAAUUCACAGAAUUAUAUACUUUUUAUCAGAAUUUGAUUUGAUUGAUAAUUCAAUAAAGUGAAAUAUCUCUCACUAUAUCUUCUUGUUAUAUAUAUUUUCAUUUCUAUUAAAAUCAGAUACUAUAAAUUAAUUCAAAUCAAUAAGCUAUUAACAAUGAAUUGUGUAAAUUUAAAAUGGAUUUUAGUCAAAUUUAACUGAGCACUACUGUGUUUAUACAUACUGUCAUUUUGGAGUUUUGAGGAAGGGCACAUGAAUCAAAUAUUAUACCCAGAAUUGGAAUUUCUUCUUUUGGUGGAAUAAGAACUCCAAAAGCUUCAAUAGGUAAAACAUUUUUAGAAAAUUGAAAAUUAACUACAACUAUUGUUACUGUAGGUAUACUAUGUAAUUCUUUAGAUAGUUUUGGAUGUUGCUCUUGUAUUAAAUUAGCUAAACUUUUAGCAGAUAAACUUGAUAUAAUACUAGAAUAUUUUUCAACUUUUCCAUUUAUAAUUAAUUCCACACAAUCUUUAUUAAAUAUGAUUUUUUCACAUUUAUGUUUUAUUUUUAUAUUUACUCCACGUUUCAUUAUAUUUUCUGCUAGUGUUUGAGGUAAUUGUUCAAAACCUCCUUCAAGACCCCAUGUACUCCAUGCUUCUCUUUUAGCUCUUUGUGCUAAAAUUGAAGGUGUGUUAUGUAAUUUUAAUAUUGUAUGAGCAUCAUUUGUAUUUUUCAAUUCAAUUUUGUUUUUGUUAUUUAACAUGUUUGAAAAUUUUUGUUGUAUAAAACCCAUAAAUACAGAACCGUAUUUCUGUUCAAUUUCAAAUAAAUUUGUCAUAAAUGA